AAUCACAACAAUGGCUGCCCGCGGUCUUCGCAUUUUGCUUAUGCUUUUCUAAAACAAUUAACUGAGACGAUUCUCCGCCUAUGUGUCACAAAGUGGCGGGGAUGCAUAGGGGACCUGGUCAGCGCGUCGUUUAGAAAGCAAGACAGCUCCUAGCGGGCCAAAAUGAGCGACGUAGUGGAGAAAACCCUGACAGCUUUGCCAAGCUUGCUGUCUUUCGACUCUCAACCGGGGGCUGCCAAACUGUCCUCCACCUCCAAACUUGGAAGCCUCAUCAGAGGAAUCACAGAGCUAACGUCCAAGCAUGAGGAAGAGAAACUGAUUCAACAAGAAUUGACUGCAAUCAAAGCUCAAGCGUCAUCCCCGAACACAUCUAUGAGGCAGAUGAAGGAGCUCAUGGUGCGAGCCAUCUACUGUGAAAUGUUGGGCUAUGAGGCUUCCUUCUGCUACAUUCAUGCCAUCAAGUUGGCUCAACAGGGCACUGCAUUGGAGAAGAGAGUUGGAUACCUUUCUGUAGCCUUGUUUCUGAAUGAAAGUCAUGAGCUUCUCCUCCUCCUUGUAAACACCGUCUUAAAGGAUCUCCAGAGCACAAACCUCAUCGAAGUAUGCAUGGCUCUAACUAUCGUCAGCCAAUUGUUCCCCAAAGAUAUGAUACCUGCAAUCCUCCCGCUAGUGGAAGAGAAACUCACUCACCCCAAAGAAAUCAUUCGACGAAAAGCAGUCCUGGCACUGUACAAAUUUUACCUAAUCGCACCCAAUCAAGUUCAACACAUCCAUAACAAGUUUCGCAGAGCUUUGUGUGACAAGGAUCCCGGUGUUAUGACGGCCUCACUGCACAUCUACUUACAGAUGAUCAAGGAACACCCGGAAGGUUACAAGGACUUGACAGGCAGUUUUGUCACCAUAUUAAAGCAAGUGGUGGGUGGAAAACUGCCAAUGGAUUACAACUAUCAUAGUGUUCCUGCUCCUUGGCUUCAAAUUCAGCUACUCAGGAUUCUGUCCUUACUUGGGAAAGGUGACUCAAGUACAAGUGAGAUUAUAUACGAAGUUCUCGACGAGUCCUUACGAAGAGCUGAAAUGAACCACAACAUCACUUAUGCUAUAUUAUACGAAUGUGUGAAAUGUAUUUACACAAUUCAUCCCAAAAGUGAACUCCUGGAAAAAGCUGCAAAAUGUAUCGGCAACUUUAUUCUGUCGCCAAAGAUUAACCUGAAAUAUAUAGGCUUAAAAGCGCUCACCUACGUGGUUCAGCAGGAUCCUAAACUGGCCUUGCAACAUCAGAUGACCAUCAUUGAAUGCCUGGAUCAUCCUGACCUCAUCAUCAAGCGUGAGACACUGGAGUUGCUCUUUAGGAUCACAAAUGGCAAGAAUGUUACUGUCAUUGUGGAGAAAAUGCUGGGGUUUCUGCGCACCAGUCAAGACGAUUACACGACCAUUGACCUGGUAGGGAAGGUGGCGGAAGUGGCCGAAAAAUAUUCACCUGACAACAAGUGGUUCAUUGACACAAUGACCUCGGUCUUCUCACUGGGUGGAGACUUGAUGCAGCCUGACAUCCCCAACAACUUCCUUAAACUGAUCUCAGAGGGGUGUGAGGGCGGGGAGCAAGACCAGAUGUUGAGGCUUUUGGCAGUGGAUUCCUAUGUGUCUCUGCUCCAGGAAGAGCCUGGGAAGUUGCCUCAGCGCUUUCUCCAGGUCAUCAGCUGGGUCCUUGGCGAAUAUUCUCAUUUGAGAGAAGAUCUGGAACCCGCUACCGUUGUGAGACUACUGGCCAAGCUUUUAGAAUUGAAACAGGCCAGCAGUGAAACGAAGAGCUGGGUCCUCUUGGCAUUGACGAAGCUUCGUGAGAGCGAGGCAGCUAUGUCCAAGCUUCGGGGAGUUUCCGAAACGUAUAGCAGCUCCAUGGACACGGUGCUGAGACAAAGGGCCCAGGAACUGCAGAACCUUCACUUGAAUCCUGAGUUGUGGGCCCGGGUGCUACCUCGAGAUGCCUUCAUGGAGCCUCUGGAGGUCGAUUCAUCGUUAUCGUUUUUGGAUGAAUAUGUGUCCGAAGCGCUGGCUGCUGGCGCUGCUCCUUACAAGUCUCCGCAUCAACGUCAGGAAGAGCUUGCUCAGGCAAAAGCUUUAAGCUUGGAGCCCUACGGCCUGUCUCUGCCUAUCGGAAUGCCCUUGUGCGGUUUAGACGACCGGCAGUCUCCCACCUUGCCCUCAGUGAGCUCCGGUCUGUCGGGUGACAGUACCGACCCCUCACACAAAGCAGGUACCACAACUCUAAAGUUGGAUAAAGUGAAACGGGUGUGGGGAAGAGAGGGCUACCUGGCCCAGAGGGAGUCUGUAGAAGAACCUGCCAAGGUCGAAAUGCCCAGUCCGGUCCAUCCAGCCGGCCAGAUCGAUGAAAUUGGCAUCUUGCAGAACCCAGCGCCAGCCGUGGAUCUAGAAAAACAGCAGCUGGCAUCUUCGCUGUUUGUCGGCCUGGGCUCCCAAUCGUCUUUGUCCUCGAUGGGAAAGUCUGACCUAAAACCCCAGAGGUUGAAGAGAAAGUCUAAAGAUCAGGUCUCGUCCUCAGAGAUCAGCAAGCAGACAUCCGAUUCCAUCAUUUCUACUCCCAGCAGCGUCGAUAACCUGCUGUGUAACAUCCUGCUGGACUCCAACACGGAGCCUGAGCUGUUCUUAACAUCAUCUAAAGAAAUGACUGAAAGUUGUCAAGGCCCCGCCGCUACCAACGGUACCUUCGACGAAGAGGUGACCGAGUGCGACGUGCAGGGACCUGACCCCAGUCUCAGCGAGGACAACGGUCUAAACGCUACUGGAUCUGUUGAGACGGAUGAACCAGCAGGAAUGAAAGACUUGUGUCUCACUUCAUAUCUCCCUGCUGACUGCAUUGGAGUGACGCAUUCCAAAGUCACUCCUCUGUGUUCUAGCCACGGCGUGGAUCUCUCCGCCUGCCAUGUGCUCAAAGACGACGCUUUGGUAUUGCUUGUUUUGAUUUGCAACUCCUCCAACUCUGAUGUGCAACACUUACUUGUGCAGUUGGCUUCAGAUGAUGUUGAGGUGUCUAGUAUCUCCGAAAGUCCAGUUGAAGAGUUGAGGUGCCAUCAGGUGGAAGUGUGUCAGCACUCCGUUACUGCCAAGAGGCCUUCUGUUCAUCUUCAAGUAUCCGGCCAGGUUUCUUUCCACCUGUCUGACGGGACUCCUGAGACAACCCAUUUCUCAUACAAUCUGCCGCUUUCCUCCUUCAUCAGGCCUUUGGCACUGUCCACCGAGGAGUACGGCACAAUGUGGCUUGCCUUCUCGCAUGAUACAAAGCAGAACCUGGCGCUCGUUCCCGACGUCCAGGAUCCUCUGAGAGCGACACUUGAUGUGCUGGAGAGGAAACUUCGUCUUCAUGUGGUGGCCAUCAUAGGAAUAGAAGGAAUUGCAGCUUGCCAAGUCCUCCGUGACCAACCAUGUUUGAUGCACUGUCGGGUGCAUAGCGGCACACUAGCCGUGUGGUUGCGUUCUCCAAUCCCAGACCUGCCCGACUGCCUGCUCUAUCACUGUCAGAGAGCUUUACAGGAACUUUGAGCUACUGAGCUGCAUCAGCUCUGCACCAGAGGAAAGCAGCAUAGAACAAAAAGGGAGUAUUUCAUGGCUGAUAUCGCCAUCACAUCCACCUUAAAGUCACUGGACAAAACAUUCGGUACUCUUUCUUAAUAUACAGAAAUGAGAAUCUUUUAAUUCCAAUAUUUAUGGAGGUAUGGAGCGUCGUACGUACAUCUUCAAUUUGAAUCUUUACAGAUAAAAUUUUUCGAAGAAGAUCUGGAUUAAAAAGAAUUGAACAAUCAGAAUAACAAAAAAAGGAUGAGUCCAUCAAUGCUGAAUACUUGAAAAGGAAAGAAAUCACUUGCUUGUAUUGUUAGCGUUUAUUAAAAAUGCUGGAGUAUUGUUUGCUAGCAGUGCGUCUUAAAAUGUGCUGCAGUUUUUGAAGGAAAAUCCAACACUCAAUUUGUUCAGUGGAGCACAUCACUACUGAAGUUGUGACAAACUGAUUCAAAUGUUAUGUCUUAAAUCUAGUGAUGAUGACUUUGUAUUAUGAGUUUAUUUUCCAUUUGUCAUGUCUUCUUUUAAUCUAUGCACUCACCUUUUGUGGCUUUUAUUUGGGUGAGACGUUGAUGAUAGCAAUUCUUAUAUUUUUGUAUUCAAGCAGUGUUGAAGAAACUUAUUUAUUGCUUUUAUAUGCUCGCUGAAUUUGUUUUUUAGAUUAGUUUAAUUCAUAAUGAAAAGAAACUUUAGUGUUUUGUUCAUUUGCAUCGUGCCAGAUCCAGUCAGCCUUUUUAAUUUAGUACAAACAGAGGGAAAAUAUUAUUUGAUUCUGUUGUUGCUUUUGAAGUGUCCAAAGCAAAACAUAAACCCAAAGCCUUAUGUCUUAAAGCCAAGUUUGAUUUGUGCCUGUGGUGCAGAAGGAAGUGGUAGUUCAGAUUGAUGCAAAUAGACUAACUUUCAAUAAAUUCAUCAUGUCCAACAUGA